CCCCUCCCCCACAGUGUCCCGGAUGAGGAAGUGAAGCGCUGACAGGGCUGGGUUCCGUCACAGAGUCGAUCCGAACCUCGUCCGUAAACACACAAACGCGCGCGUCGAACCGAACCGAAGUCCACCGCAGGCUCGAGACCCGCAGAAACCGCAGACAUGAAUGACCAGCAGUUGGAUUGUGCUCUGGACCUCAUGAGGCGUUUGCCUCCACAACAGAUCGAGAAGAACCUCAGUGACCUCAUCGACCUGGUACCCAGUCUGUGUGAAGAUCUGCUGUCGUCUGUGGAUCAGCCGCUGAAAAUCGCUCGUGAUAAAGUGGUGGGGAAAGACUAUCUUCUGUGUGAUUAUAACCGUGACGGCGACUCCUACAGAUCCCCCUGGAGCAAUAAAUACGAGCCUCCUAUAGAUGAUGGAGCCAUGCCGUCCGCUCGCCUCCGUAAGCUCGAGGUGGAGGCCAACAACGCUUUCGACCAAUACAGAGACCUGUAUUUUGAGGGCGGGGUUUCGUCUGUCUAUCUGUGGGAUCUGGAUCAUGGAUUUGCUGGUGUUAUCCUCAUUAAGAAGGCAGGAGACGGCUCGAAAAAGAUCAAGGGAUGCUGGGACUCCAUCCAUGUGGUGGAGGUGCAGGAGAAAUCCAGCGGCCGUACGGCUCAUUACAAACUCACAUCUACUGUCAUGCUGUGGCUGCAAACCACCAAAACCGGCUCAGGAACCAUGAACCUGGGCGGCAGCCUCACCAGACAGAUGGAGAAAGAUGAGACUGUUGGAGAAUCUUCUCCUAACAUUGCUAACAUUGGACGCCUGGUGGAGGAUAUGGAAAAUAAGAUUCGAUCCACCCUGAAUGAGAUUUAUUUCGGCAAGACUAAAGACAUCGUCAACGGUCUGAGAUCUAUUGAGUCUCUUCCUGAUAAUCAAACGUACCGUCAGUUGCAGCGGGAACUCUCUCAGGUUCUGACUCAGCGUCAGAUCUACAUUGACUAGGGUCAGAGGAGCGUUCAGACGCUGGCGGAUAAGUCACAGAAGGAGGCUCUGAAGAACGAUCUGUUGAAUGCACUCACCCAACGCAGCAAACAGCAAAGCUAGAAACCGUCCGUCUCUCUCUCUCUCUCUCUCUCUCUCUCUCUCUCUCCCCUCUCUGUCUCUCUCUCUCUCUCUCUCUCUCUCUCUCUCUCUCUCUCUCUCUCUCUCUCUCUCUCUCUCUCUCUCUCUCUCUCUCUCUCUCUCUCUCUCUCUCUCUCUCUCUCUCUCUCUGUCUCCUCCUCU